UUCAAUUAAGUAGUUUUGUGGGUGAAUCGAAAUAUCCAGUUUUGUUUUAAGAAAACAAAAAUCAAAACCAACUGAAAACAAUAUGAUAUCUUCUGUACUUAUUUUGUUUUUUCUUUUUCUAAAAAUAAAAAAAUACGUGGUAGGAUUGAAGAUACUUCGUAAUAAAUUUUUAGGGUUUACGGAGAAGGCGAAGCCGCGAAGGAAGGCAAGAGGAAAUACAUAAAUCAAUUUGGUAGCAAGUUCCGCAACUUGCAAGUUCAGAUUUAGGUUGAAUGUACCAAUGGUUAAACACAAAUUUGCAAUGGAUAGGCACUCCAUUCUCCACCUAUAAAUACAUUUGCUUGUGGUUGCAAACCACACCACAAACCAGCAUUUCACAAGCAUGUCAUUGCUACUUCUACAAACCAUGGCAGGUUCGUCAACCCAAACAGGGAUGUGGUCUUUGAUCAGAUAUAUUGACCAUACCAAGUCCACUUGGGCAUUGAGAGUUAGAGUUGUGAGAGUGUAUGAGGUGCCUCCCCAUGCCCGGGGUGGAGAGACUCUUGAAAUGGUGUUGCACGAUGCGUAGGGAGAUCGUAUUCACACAGUUAUUAAGAGGCCACAGCUGUUAAUGUACAAGUCAAUAAUCAAAGAACAUAAAGUGUACGCACUGCGUAACUUUUUGGUCCUUGGCAACUACCAGACUGUGAAAACCACUUCUCAUCCCUAUUUAAUCCAGUUCAUAAGCAAAACUGCAUUCAGGAAAGACAAUAGGACUGAGUUGCCAAUGAGUUUGUAUGAUUUUCAACCUUUUGAGAUGCUUCAGGCCCAAAGGGUGACCAAUGACAAAAAUCUCAUUGCAGAUACAAUGAGUAGACCGGAAUACGUGUGGGAAAAAUGUUGGACAUUUAUGUCAGAUGACAUUCUACAUAUCCAAAGAAGAGCUUUAAUGCAUCCAGAUUUGAAGUUGACCGAAAUUGAGAUUAAGAAUUCUGCAUUGACUGAAAUAGAAAUGAUGUUGAGGAGAAUUGUAUGAUCAUGUUGCCCUACGUGAAGAGCAUGACAAAUGCAUGCAGAGUCUCAAUGAUCAACAACGUCAGGUGUACACAACCAUUAUGCAAUCUAUUGAAGAAAAUAAAGGUGGGGUAUUCUUUGUAUAUGGUUAUGGAGGUACGAGGAAAACGUUUGUGUGGAAGACGUUAUCAGCUGCUUUGAGAUCCAAAGGAGAAAUUGUUUUAAAUGUUGCUUCCAGUGGCAUAACAGCUUUACUAUUGCCGGGUGGUAGGACUGCUCAUUCGCGCUUUGCAAUACCAAUUAACCCGAAUGAAAACUCCACAUGCAACAUUAAACAAGGAAGUCAGAUAGCUCAAUUGAUAAUUCGGUGCAAACUGAUCGUAUGGGAUGAGGCGUCGAUGAUGCACAAGUAUUGCUUUGAAGCCUUAGAUAGAAGUUUGUGGGGCAUCUUGAGAUUCACUAAUUCGUGCAGUGCUGAAAAGCCCUUUGGAGGGAAAACUGUGGUAUUCAGGGGAGACUUUAGACAAAUUUUACCAGUCAUUACAAAAGGUACUAGACAAGACAUUGUGAAUGCGACGAUUAAUUCUUCACAUCUUUGGCAUGAAUGCAUGGUAUUACGUUUGACGAAGAACAUGAGGUUGCAAUCAUUGACAGAUGAUCGUGAAUAUGAGGAUUUGGUAGAGUUUGCAAAGUGGAUUGCGAGUUUAGGAGAUGGGAUUGUGGGGGAAGAUAAUGACGGUUUUGCCAAUGUCAAAAUUCCAAGUGAUCGUUUGUUAGAGUGUGGAGGCGACCCCAUUGCCACUAUUGUCCAAAGUACCUACCCAAACUUUGAAAAUGUCGUGAAUGACCCGACUUACUUGCAAGAGCAUGCAAUUCUCGCUCCAACCCUUGAUGUUGUCGAUGCAAUAAAUGAAUACAUGACUUCUUUGAAUGUUAAUGAAGAGUCAAGGACAUAUUUAAGUUCAGAUAGCAUUUGCAAGUCAAACUCCAAUGUUGAUUUUCUGGCUGAUUUGCACACUCCAGAAUUUCUCAAUAAAAUACGUGCAUCUCGAGUUCCAAACCAUGAGUUAACCCUAAAGGUUGGUACCCCAAUAAUGCUUUUAAGGAAUAUUGAUCCUUCAAUGGGGCUUUGCAAUGGAACAAGGUUAAUUGUUACACGACUUGGGAAUCACAUCCUAGGGGCAAAAAUUUUGGGCGGAAAAUAUGUCGGGCAUGAAGUUGUCAUUCCCAGGUUAAGCUUAACUCCUUCAGAUUCAAGAAUACCGUUCAAGUUUCAGAGAAGACAAUUUCCAGUCAUGACCUCUUACGCGAUGACUAUAAAUAAGAGUGAAGGACAAUCUUUGUCUCACGUUGGACUAUUAUUGAAAAAGUCAGUCUUCACGCAUGGUCAACUUUAUGGUGCAGUGUCAAGAGUAACAAAUCCUAAGGGUUUGAAGAUAUUGAUCUGCGAUGAAGAUGGACAACCAACUGACCAUACCACCAAUGUAGUUUAUAAGGAAGUUUUUCGCGAUGUCUAAGUUAUCACACUGCAGAUAUUGAUCUGCGGUGAAUAUAAAGAGACAUGCUAUUUUAUAACAUUUCGUUAUUUCUACUUAAUCCAAAACAAACGUACUACCUAUCUCUCAGUUGUCAGUAUCCGAUCUUUACUUAUAAUUUAUUAUGCAUGUUACGUCUAUGACAAUUUGCAUUCAUUUCACACGACCAAGUAAUAUUUACAAAUAAUAUCAUAUCGCUAUUACAUUUAAAUAUCCCGUGCAUCGCGCGGGUGCGAAUCUAGUCAACACAAUCCACAUGAUCGCCUCUUUUGAAUAAAGGAAAAGAGAAGAAAACAUAGAGAGGGAAAAUUAGCUUGAAAGCUAAGUAAAUUCAACCCCGUAAAAUAUUUGGGUAUUGAAAAUGAUUUUCAUGUAUAGAAAAUCAUAGAGAUCGAUACAUAACUGAUAUAGCAUACGAUAAAAAUAUCAUUUCACUUAAAAAUCAUUUGUGUGUUUAUCAACCCAAUCUUAUGGUAUUUUUUUAAUAGAUGGGCGGGGUUAAUGAUUCCUCUAACCCAACGAGUCGUCGUCAAUUACGAACCUCGAACGGAAUACUGAAUCUCAUCCAAACUCAAAUAUGUGGAAACUGAACUUCGACCUUAAGUGUAUACUUCACCAAAAGAGAUUCCAAACUCCUAGAGUAGUAGGAAGUUCAAGUGACCAGAAUUUUUCUAUCAACCACUCAAAAGGGAACAUUUGUCUUAUGUAGUUAGAAACUGUAAUCACCUAAAGCGGCGUCGCUCUCAAUUUUUCAAAACUCAAUAUAAUGAAUUCAGCUCCAAUAACUGUUUAACCCAAAGACAAAGAUAAUGGCAACACUAGACUGCGACACCUUGUGUUAUUUCAAGGGUCCAAAUCAAUAUUCUCUGAAAACAUAAUUAGUUUCUCAAAAAGGAUUUUUCAUAACUAAUCCCCCAAAAUAAUAUUUGUUGGGUCUAAUAUAUCCCAAAAUUCAUACUUGAUCCCACUCUCCAUAAUUUCAAGAAAUACAUCUAUUCGUAUAAUUCUUAUAAAUCAGUCAAAAACAAUUAUAUAAAAAAAAAUUAUAUAAUUUCAUAAAAUCAUCUAAAAAUGAGAUUUCAUCCUAUCUUAAUUUCACAAUAUUCAUGUAAUCAAAUAAGUUUAUAGAAAGCAUUUAAAAUAGAUAAACAUAUACGUAACACUUGAUAUUAAUUUAAAAGGAUUAAUAGUACUACUCAUACAAACAAGGUGCAUCUCCUUUUAAGGGAGCUCAUUAGUCAAGAACUCCAAAAUCAAGCGUGUUUGCAUGGGUGUAACCUUGCGAUGGGUGACCCCCUGUGAAGUUUCUUAGGGCGCGCAUGAGUGAGGACUGAGGACGAAGUGCGCGUUAAAGGUUUGUGGUGGUUUGUGAGUACAGUACUAGAGGUCAGAAGUAACCACCUCAGGGCCUGCGGGGCCGGGGUGUUAUAGGUGGUAUUAGCGCAACCCCGCGACAGUGUGCUGAUCCGUUGGAUAAUAGGUGGGCACUUAGCAAGGGAAUAUUCUGGGAUAUGAUUGAGAUUGAAUUGGCUUAUGGGCGCAACAAGGACAUUACGAUCCUAAGUGGGGGUGAUUGUAACACUUGAGAUAAAUUUAAAAGGAUUAAUAGUACUACCCAUACCAACAAGGUGUACCUCCGUUUAAGUUUAAGGGAGCUCAUCAGUUAAAAACUCAAAAGUUAAGCGUGCUUGCACGGAGUAGCCUUGGAAUGGGUGACCCCCUGAAAGUUUCAGAGGACGCGCACGAGUGAGGACAAAGUGCGCGGAAGAGGCUAUUGCCGAUUUGUGAGGACAGUAAUUAAUAGAGGCCUGGAGGGUGUGUAGGAGUAACUACCUCGGGCCAUACGGGGCGGAGCGUUACAAUAUAUAAGUGGGAAAAUAGUAAUUUUAGUUGAAGUUGUACUUACAUCGACAACUAGUUUAUUCUACCACGUAACCUUGAUUCUUUUUGAGAAUCAGUACCUACUCAAUAAUUCUUGGUCUCCACAAUCAAUCAAAUUUAAUUUAAUAAAUUUGAUUAACGGGAUAAUAAUUUGAUAGAGUAUAUCUAGAGAGAAGUGAGAGCUAGAGAGAGAAGUGCAAUAAUAUGCUUCAAUAGAAUGAAUUUUUCUCCCCUAUAACUACUCCCAAGGGGAGUAUUUAUAGAGAAAAUACGGGCUGGGCUCCCAAGCCUUGGGCUUGGGAGGCCCAUUUACAUCUGGACCGCUACCGGGCCGAAUACAAAGCCACUAAUGGGCUGUUCAAAUGAGUAAGUGUAAAACCCUGUUCUGUGAGGUCUUCGUGGCCGACGAGGGCGUGGCCGACGAGGGCACGGCCGACGAGGGCGCGGCCGACGAGGGCACCCGGGUUCCUUGGACUCAGGACCAUAUUCUGAGUUGGCACCUUCUCGGCCGACGGGGGUCCCUUGGCCGACGAGGGCACCACUCAGUGUCUUGUGCUUUCUGUUCUUCUGAGUAUGUGGGUCCGGGGGCUCAGACCCAUAUACUCCAUCAGGAGUCCCCCACUCUCUAAGCUGAGACGUAGACGAAGUGAAGGAGAGUAGAUUCUCGUGCUUUGGUGCUUUUGGCCGAUGCGGGCACUCCUAGGUCGUUAACUAUUGCGGUGUUGGCGCUGUCUUCAUUUCGGUGAUCUUGUUCCGGGCUUGGCCGUCACCUGCUCCUCGUUGUGGCCGGGGAGGCCGUUGUUUCCUUGGUGUAUUCAUUUGGGGACGAUGAGUGUCCUGCUUCGAUAGUGGCCGUUGAAGGCGCGUUUUCCCUUGGACGUUGGUGGUUGAGAUUUACAAUUGGGCCGAUGAGGCUGUUGAGGUUGAACCUUGCUUUGAGGACGAUGGUGUCCUUUCCUUUGGGUGGCCGGUAAGGGUGCUUGUGCACUCCUUUUGGCCGUCGCUGACUGGCUUUCGUGUCCCUGGCCGAAGAGCCCAUUAUGGUUUACUGUUGGCGGGGGACGAUGAAUGUCCCUGCCUUAGGUGGCCAGUUGGCCAUUGUUGAUGACCUUAUGUGCCGUUGGCCGUCGAGGCACAGUGUGAUACAUGGACGAUGUGGCCAUGCUUUGUGGUUACAUUUGUGUUUGCAUUUUUCCUUUUGUUUUGUUGAGGCCGAUGUAGCCCCCCAGUCCCCCACUGCUUCAGGGCGAAGAGAGUGAGGGGUGAAGGAGUUGCUUGAGUCCCUGGCCGAAGCGACCUCUCCGUAGUCCCCCUGAAUCCAACCCUCAUGGCGAUUUUCUGGCCAAGGUAACCCUGUGGGAGAACCCUUGUGCGCAGAUCGCUUGUAGAGAGUUAUCAUCGAGGGUCGUUACGGAGAGUCGAUGGAUGCAGGUUCUUUGUUCCUUUGGUUCUGUGGCCGUUACCGGUGUUCAUGACGUUCCUGGCCGUUGUUGUCUCCUUGUUGCUGGCCUUUGUGAAGCCGGUAAGCGUAUAGGCCGUUGUGGGUGCUUGCUGGCACUUGUGAAGCCGGCAAGCAUAUAGGCCGUUGUGGGCGCUCAUUGUCAGUGUGAUCCGUAGGCUUUUACUCCGCUGAUACGUUGGUUCACGAGCCCGGCCCAUUUCUGAAGGGGUGGCACCUCAUCGGCUGCUGGGAAGGCGACCGCUGAGGUGGCCAUUGAUAUGGUGCCACGUGUAGUGACCGUUGGAGAUUUGCCUAUAAAUACCCCCCUUCUCCGAAGCGGUUCCUCACUUGCAUUCUUGAGAUAUUGAAGUGCUGCCCAAAUUUCUAGAGAGAGAGAGAGAGUCUUCAAGGUGUUCUUCGAGUUCUUCCAAUCUUCAAGGUUAGUUCUUGACUUGUUCUUCAAUUCCUUUGUAUACUUAGCUUCCCUGAGCCUUGAUCUAGUGUUAGUGGAUAAAACGCCUUAGAUCCGAAGUUAUUCCCCUUAGGCUCGUGGUAGUUGUAAUGAUGAAGAGUUUAGACGAAGAAUACUAUCCGUACGACGACCAGCCCUCUACUAGGUCACUCGACUAUGAGGUGCUUGAGGAGUUCGAGGAAGAGAUAGAACGUUUAAGUCCUUACAAAUCCGGAGAGCCGGUAGACGACGAAGGUGAGGACGAGGAGUCCGCCUCAUCUUCAAAAGGUGGGGACGCAGGUGCGUCCCGAGUGGUGGAUGGGGCGUCCACUUCCGCUGUUAUUCCGUGCCCCAAACCGGUGUCUGCCAUGAAGGGAGCAGACAAGCCGAAGAGAAUAAGGAGGCCGAAGAGUGGGCCGGGCAUCUCCUACCUGGAUCUUACAAACAUUUUCUUGAUCAAGCCGGAGAGCAGUGCGGCUGACUACUUAGUUGCCCAGAUGUACGUGGGGCCGUUCGGGAGGGUUAGGGCGCCCAGGCCGACGGACCAUGUACUCCAUCCGCCACCGGGAUACUUUGGAGUAUACUCGAUGAGUUUCGCCAAGGGGCUGAGGUUUCCCCUUCAUCCCUUCAUCACCGAAUAUUUGGACAUGGUGGGACUCCCUCCGGCCUUGCUGACCCCAAACAGCUACUCGUUGAUGGUGGGGUUCUUGCUCCGCUGUGAGGAGUUGGGCUACAGGCCGACGACGGCUCUGUUCAUGAAUCUUUAUCAGAUCGGCCGAGGAAGCCACAAGAACUGUGCGGCCUAUGCUACUCUCCAACAGCUGCCGAGGAAGAGGAGCUUCAUGGACUUGCCUUCGUCCAUUCAUGGGUGGAAGAGCAAGUUCGUUUUUGUAUCCCUUGGUGAGAAUGGCACUGAGUUUCCCUCUCUCGGCCAAACUGGGAGGUUCAAUUUGCACGACCCGCCGAGGAGUUCUAUCUUGGACGCUCAGGUGGAGGCGUUCCUGGAAGGGGGGCCGAGGAGCGUGAAGGACUACAUCACCGAAUAUAAGAUGACCGCCCUCGACUUCUUCAGAUACUACGUGUAUGGCGACAAGGAGGACGAUGUCCAACUUUGGUCGAGGAUGACCACUACCUUUGAAGAGGCCGACGGCCCGGAUUUGGGCAUUCCUGCUGAGGCUGAUGAUUUUAUCAUGGAUCGCCGUUCAAUCAUGGCCAUAGCCAAGGCCAAGGCGGCCGAGGAGUUGGCUGCAAAGGCGGCCGAGGCGGCCAGACGUGCCGCGGACGAGGGGGGCGGGGCUACUGCUGGUGCGGCCCCGAAGCCUGCCCAGUCCAAGAAGAAGAGGCCUCCCACUGACGGUCAGAAGAAGUUGACCAAGGCUGGCCUGAAUGUCACUAAGAAGACGAAGAGGGCACCGUCUCCUUCCCAUGCCGAUGAGGUCGGUACUCUGACCGUCCCAAGUGUGGACGAUAGUGGUCCCGUUGUGAAUCUUACUACUGCUCCAAGCGAUGCUGCCCAAUCGCUCCCUCUCGUCCAGGAGCCACGGACGAAGAGGGCCGGCAAGGAGAUUGCCGCUGCCACCUACCAGAAGAUGGUGGAAUACCCCGUCGGCGGGGGUGUUUUUUGACGAUGUCGUCCUCGGCCACGAUGUGCUGGCCCAGGCCAUGCCGGCCAAAGAUCGGGCCUACCUCAAGAGGCUCGGAGACGUUAAGGUGUACGAAGGCGGGAUGGACCUCCUCGUCCAAGGUGCCUUCAUGCUCAUGGAGAGCCACAAGAGGCAGCAUCGGGAGAUUGCUCGUCAGAAGGAGCUUGAGCAGAAGGCUGCCUCGGCCGAUGAGGCGGUAGCCUGCUUGGAUCGGCUCCAGGAGGAUGCCAAGGCCUUGCAACAGAGGGCCGACGAGGCAGCUGCAGCCAGGGACGAUGCCCUGGCCAAACUCGAGGAGAGCCAGAGGGCGCUUGAGGCUGAACGGCGCAAAAAUGAUGAAGCCGUGAAGGCAAAAGCUGAGGCCGAGGCUGCCGCUGUGAAGGCCGCUGAUGAGGCCGUUCAGCAGUUCUUGGCCGAGGGGUGGAAGGCCGAUGAGCGGCUCUCCUGGUGUUAUGAAGUGGUGGCCGCGAAGCUUGAAGAUUGGGGAAUGAACUCCCCCGCCGGCCAGAAGUACUUUAGCAGGGAGAUUGCCGUGUACUACAACAUGGGCCAAGAGCGGAUGCAGAGGCUCCUGUGUCGACGGCUAUCGCGUGCUCUCAAAGCCAUGAAUUAUACCUCCGGGUGGGCGAGGCGGAACUUGAAGCUUCCCAAGCUGAUGAAAGAUCCCGAAGAGCAGGCUAAGCUUCCUCUUUCGGAGCGGGAGCCCCCAAUCAAGAGUUCCGGCCUCGGCGAGCCGGAUUACAAUGAGUUUGACUUCCUGGAUGAUGCCACUAGUUCCGCAGCUGCUGUCGUCCAGGAGACUGAGGCCGAUGAGGGAGCCGAAGAUGCCGAAGAGCAAACCCAGGCUGGGCAUCUGAUGUAAUUAAUUGAUCGGCUACUCCCCUCUCCCUAUUUUGUAAUUAGUUCUUAUAUUUUUGCCCAUCCGAUGUAAUGGCCGAAGCGCCCUCCAAUGUAAUUGAUUGUUUAUGAAUGAACCCUUUGUUGUCCU